AUGGAUACAAAAGGCUGCCUGAAUAAUGACAUAUUGUCACCGAAUCUCGAACAGAGAUUUCAACACAGUAUAUGCCUCAGAGAGAAAAAUGGACUGAAGCAAUUGACCCCAACCAAAAUCUAUGAAAAAGAUCACCGUUUCACGUGCAGGCCAUCAAAAGAUCCGGGAAAGACAUGUAUACGUUGGGAUGAAGCACCUGAGAAAUUCCCUCUAGAAAGUUUCUCGAAGUUCUCUCAACCGUCGGUCGACUACACGACACUGAAGGUGUUCUCGACAACGCUAGCACAACAUGAAAACCACUGUAGAAAUCCAGACAAUCAUCGAUUCGGUCCAUGGUGUUUCUACUGGGAAGGACAAAAGAUCGAACGAGCUCCGUGCUUCCCUACAUGUGUAACAGAAAUAAAAAGCCUCUGUCUAGCAAAAGCAUUCUUCCCCUAUUACCAAACACCAUACUUACUUGACGGUGUUCCUGUGGCUCCUGUGGAUCCUUAUUUCCUACGAAAUAUCAAG